UCUCGAUACUAUAAAAUUAUAAGUUAUUUCAUAACACGUUAUCAGCACGAUUAUUCUGUGAUUCAAAAUACAAAUGGUGAACAUCGAGAAACUUCAGUUCCAGCUUUGAAAAUAACUGGCGAAAAUUACAUCAGAUUUGUCAUAAAUGUGAUACCUUACCAUGUAAUGAAGAAGUUAACCGAAACGAUAAAAAUCGGUAACAAAUCGCCGCCCGAGCAUAUAGCCAAAGCGAUAAUCUUCCUGAAGAAGCAUUUAGAUGAGAAUCUUACGCACGACUAUGCAAGCGUAGAAGACCCAACUGAACUGUGGCAAGAUUUAAAAGAAAUGUUCGAUAACCAUAGAGAAGUCAACCUCCCUCACGCUCUAGAAGAAUGGAAAAACCUGAGGUUCCAAGAUUUUCUAAAGGUUGAGGAUUACAAUUCCGCUGUCCUGAGGAUAAUUUCACUCCUGAAAUAUUGUGAUAACCCUGUCUCUGAGACAGAAAUGAUGAAUAAAACGUACAACACUUUCCACAAACAGCUUCACUUCCUGCCCGGAAUUUACAGAAAAUGCGGGUACACGAGAUUUUAUGAAUUGAUGGUUGCGCUCAUGUUGGCUGAAAAGAACAAUGAGCUUCUGAUCAAAAACCACAAUUCCCGACCUAUGGGAGCCAAAGGAUUUCAUUAAGUGAAUGCUACAGCGAUAGAAAAUUCGGAAAGGAGAAACCAGAGCAACCGAGGUUAUGGUCGCCGAUUCAACAACAAACGUGAAAAAACUUACAAUCCCAAAUGGAAGGGAUCUAACAAGUGGGUUAGAUCCGAACAAGUUCCUAAGGGUAAAGAAACUCAAGUGGAUACCACCCAGAAACGUGAGACAGUGUGUUACAAAUCUGGCUGUAAAGGACAUUGGUCCCGUACCUGUCGUACUCUCCCACAUCUCUAUAAGUUAUAUCAAGAGUCCACGAAAGGCAAAGCUAAAGAAGUGAACCUCACUGAAAACUUUGAAGGGACAUUGUACCUCGAUGCCUGCGACUUUGCAAAUGAGCUGGACUAGAUUACUCAGUAUUGUCAUGUAUAAUUAUUAUAUUUCCUGUUUUAAACGAAUAAUGAUGUUUUAACGUCAUCUUAAUGUAUAACUAGCGGUUUUCCGGCGCUACGCGCCGGGUUCAUAUGUUUUAUUUUUAAAUAAAUUUACAAUUUAUUUUCUGGUCUUAAUAAAUAAAAUAUGUUCAAAAAUGUGAAAAUAAAAAUAUGUUAAAAGAGAAUGAUAUUUUUUGAUCCAUCUUAUAGUGGUUAGCAAACAGCGUGUAUUACUUUGUUUUGGAGUUGUUUAGUUCAAAGUAAAACAACGUAAGUGAUUGUAACUGGUCAAUUUAAUAAAAAUAAAAUAAAAAACUCAUAAUCAUAAUAAAUUAAUUUAUUUAAAAUUUAAACAUACAGUAAAGUUGAUGUUUUCAUAAGGAAAAGUGAAAAUGUUUGUAUUUUUUUGUGAUUAUAUAUCUAUAUCAAAGAUGUGAUAAUUUAUUGGAGGCUUCAUUGUGGGAGUAUUAGUUAAAUAUUUUGUCUUCAUAGGAAUCAUGAAUCCAGUAAGUUAAUUAUUGGUUGUCUUAUGCCAAUCUCAUUGCAUUUACAGUAUGCAUUAGAAUGAUUCAUUUGGGAGGCGGGUAGUUACCCUGCAACUUUACAGUUCAAUUAAAGUUUGAAGCUGCUUGUUAUGUGUCGGGAUAGUAAUUGUCGACGACGUUUAACGUAUCAUUGUUAUUAUUGCCGUGAACCUUAUCUUAGCUCUAAUUUUGACUUGUAACAUGUUUCAAACUGUCACUGGCAGACGCGGAGUGGCCAAUACGUACCUUGGGCGCAACGAUGGUCGUGUUUUUUUCAGUGUUAUUGUUUUAAAUCUUGUGUGCUUAAGAAAUUCAGUUUGUGAACUCCUUUGUUGUAAACUAAAUGCUUAAUGGUUUGUGAAUUUCUGAUUGUAUAAUUGAGAUUUGAUUAUUUUCAGUUUAUUACUUUAUUAUUCAUAUGUGUUGCGAGCUUAGCAUGUUGUUUACGGGUGUCAUUGGAAAGUACAAAAUUUAUCUGUAGCCACGGUUUCAUAAGCAUUGCAAAUUUGAUAUCCAUGCAAGGGCGUAUGACUAUUGACUUUACAGAUCCACGUGAUGUAAAUCUUUUGUUCUGAAAAUGAUUUGCAUUACUAAUUGAAACAACAACCACCACGUAGAGUAGAAAAAGGAUAAAUAGAGGUAAAGAAAUUAGAAAGUUUAAAUAGGAGAAAUAGAACUAAAGAUAAUUGAAAGAUGAUUUAUUACUAAUAAAAAAAACCACGACACUUGAGAAUUUUUAAAAAAGGUAAUAAAUUUCAUUAGUAGACUCCUUCCAAAGGGAAAUAGAUACGAAAUCAAUUAUUUGAUAAAUAAAGACGUGGUAGUUUAAGUUCUCAUAGUAGACUCAUUCCAAACGUGGUUUCUUCGUCCAAAGCAACAUGAUGAUGUACGUCCGGCAAGUGAACCAUCAGAUAUAGAUGGCGCCUCUGUUACACAGCAAGUCUUAUCAACUUUGGCAUAUGAUCUAUUUGCCACAACUUCAGGCUGCACUGCUUCAGAGACCUUUGCACCUUCCAAUUAAUAAGGCAACAGACACAGAGAUUAUAUACUUUAGAUAGCAGCAAACUCAUAGUAAGAAAAUAGACCAACAUUUACAACAAAGGCUGGCGCAGAUGCAAGCUCUCGCGAAGGAAAAACGCGAGAAAUGGUGAAGGUUUUGGUUCUUUGAAGUAAAAUUGAAGUUCUUUAACUUGAGCUGGAAGGUGUAGAUAUACCAAACAAUAUCAGCAAGGGACCAAGGCAGUUCAGUUUCAAUGUGAGCAUCGACACAUAUCCCCUGCAAACCAGUUUACAGCAUUAUAUAUGCAUCAUCAGGAAAAAGUAAUAGUAAAAGUUAAUUGUUAGUGCUUCAUUAUAAGCUAUACCACAAUCUGUGCAGCCUCAGAAGCUUGAAUGUUUGUCAGUUUAGCCACCUCCAUAUCCAGAACCAAAACCAGAUUCUUGCAAAAGAAAUAAAAAACUGUAUUAAUCGAAUAAUAUACAAUUAAUCAAUUCUUGUUCUUUUUCUGAUGAUAUUUAUCUAGGGAUUGAAUCUCUUAAUUUCAUCUAUAGAUUUAACUUCUAUUGUAUAUGUUGAAGAGCGGGAUACCUUCAAGAUAACCCAUUUUCUCCAUAGAUUAUUCAUCAGCAUAUCCACAACCUCAGACAUUGUUGGUCUUUUCUCUGCCUCAUUCUGAACACACAUAUGUCGUACUAAAAUUACCUUUUCCAGCUCCUCGUCUACAUACUUCCCAAUUAGCUAUUGAUCCGCAAUUUCACCAUACUUCUUCUGGUAAACAAGAAGGUAAAACCAUUCGUUAGACCUUGUUUUGUUGUUCAUUUCAGCCUGUCUACAGGUCUCGUACCAGGCACCUGCUCUAGCAAAAGAACACCAGUACUAUUUGUAUAAAACACAACAAUAUGGAAAACAAAUCGACAUUUCAAAUGGAAGAUAAUUUUCAAUAAGUAUAUAAACCAUUUUGGUUCUGAAGACUUACAAUGAGUCGUUCUCGUCCUUCCGCACAGUAAGCUUUUGCACUCAAUAGAUUCUUGCGACGAAUACGGCCUAAAAUGCUGACUCUACAGCAAAAUUUAUCUCUUCUCUGCUACUUCAAUCUCUUGACUGCAAUCUACAGAACAUCAACAGCUAAUUAUUACAGAUGAAUAUCAAAGAGACCAAGUAAUAUAAUGCUGCCAUGGCAAGAAAGGCUUCUCUGCAGAUCAAGGAAGUUCUAGAUAAAGAACGUGGAUAUAUGUGAGCAAGGAGACGCGUCACCACCGUCUGAGAAGCAUCGCCAGUCUUCCAAUUGGAAAGCUGGAUUGGAGAGGUCACCAUCGUCACAGGUUCCAGUAUAAAGAAUAUGGUGAAGCAAUGAGAUUUGGAGGUUUUCAACCUUUAUUUAUAAUCUGAGAAAUUAGGGUUUUACAAAGCGGUGAUGGGAAAAAGUAAUUAAUAUUAGUGUAGUGGGAGAGAUGGCAAGGGAGAGACAAUUGAGACUCUCAAUGAGGAUUCCACCAUUGUUGCAGGCUCUUUUAGUAAAAACAAAAUGGUAAUGAAUCUGAAGCAGUGAAAUUAGGAGAUGGUUCCAUCACUAUUUAUAGAAUAGAAAAUUAGGGAUUUGCAAAGGAGGUAGGGAGAGAAGUAACGAAAUUCGACGUACUGAGGGAGUUUUACAGAGUGAGUUAAUGGUAAAACUUAAUGAGUAGUCUCAAACUCUCAAUGAUAAGCGUUGCGUAUCGCUCUGGUUUCUGUGUGGAAAGAUGAGAACUUCUAUCAUAGAGAAGAUGAAGUCCAAGAAGAAGGAACAUGUAGUGGGCUAUUUGAUAUCACAUCUGAUUUUGCAGAUCCAUUUUGGAUUUUCUUAUUUGUUACAAACCCAUAAUUUAACUUUUGUAUACGAAAGCUGAAGCCCGAAAUAGUGUCGCUUAUUUGAUGCUAACAAAGCGGAAAACGUAAAUAAAGUGAUGCCAGGUGUCCUAAAACGCCCAUGCUAUAUGGUGAUUUGGCUACUUAAGGUGGGAGAAAACUCUCCUUUAUUAGUAUAGAUAGAUAGAUUAUUGUGUGUUUCUAAUCUGACUGAGUAAUCAACUCGAAUAAUGAAUAAUUUGUUACGACAAAGUUUUCUAGUUUGACUAGGUAAUCAACUCGAAUAAUAAGUUGAAAGAAAAUAAACUACAAAAAAAUCAUCCACCAAAUCAAGAGAAGAGUGGAAGCUCCCUUAGUCUAGUGGUUUGACUAAGUAUUCAUUAAUGUUUUUACACCAGCAUGUCCAGGUUUCAAUUCCCGGAGAAAGCGAUUUAUUAAACAAUUAUAUAAACUACGGAAAAAAGGCUUACAAAGAAUCUUCAACAUGGUGCAAGUAAACUUGGUCAGACGUGGAUCUUCAUAGAGCGGCUCUCGUAAUGCAGUUACACAUAGAUCCUCAUAAAUCAGAUAGUAUUGCCGGUUGUCGAAUCGUCUAUGUGAUCUUUCUCAUAAUUGUAAUAUCCUAAUAAAUUAGCGCUAAAAAGAAUCAAGAGAAGAAAACACAUAUUGACAACUUUACGGUGAUCCAACAAUGGUAAAUACAUGUGAGAAAAUUCAUACUAAUACAACAUAAACUUUAUAAAUUAAUAUCCAAUGACUAAUAAAAGGCAUUAAGGUAAUAGAUUUCUUCGGAUCUAAACUCUAUUAGUUCAAAAUAUAACAAAAUUUUAUAAAAAUCAUCAUAUAAUCAAUGAUUUUCGAUUGUUAUCAAAAUUUAAUAUUCCAUAAGAAAUAUUUGACUAUCACUAUUUAAUAUUUCUUCUGUUUCUAAAAAAGUGUCAUUCUAAUUUUUUUUUUGUUUCAAAAAAAGUCAUUCUAUAUUGUUAAUGCAAUUUUUUUAUACACAAUCUCUUUCUUACCAUUUUAACUAACAAAGAGAUGUUUAUUUAUAACAUUUUUAUUAAAUAAGGGUAUACUAGUAUGUUUUAUAAUUUUCUUAAUUUCCGUGAAAUAUGUCUUAAGUUACACUUUUUAUAAAAUGGAUGGAGUAGAUUUCUAUUUAAUUUUAUUUUAUUAAGAAAGAAUAUUAAAAAAAAUCUGGCUCUCAUAUACUAUUCUCAUUUUGACAUAUUCACUAAUUAUAGGACUUUAAUUUUAAGAAUAAAUAAAUAUGAUAAUCUGAACGGUUAAUCAUUUGGAUUCUAUCAAUUUCAGUUUAAAUAAUAUUCAUUUGUUUAGUGUAUAUAGCUAAAUUUAUGCUUAUUAUUUAUUUUAUAGUUAAUAAAAGAGACCAAAAAAUAUAUCAUAUGUAGAACUAAUUUUAGAUUCAUAUAAUGAAAACUAGAGUUUAUCCCGCACAUCGUGCGGGUAUAUUUUCAUUUUAUAAAUAUUUAAUUUUGAUAUUAUUAUAUAAAUUUAAAUAUACAAUUUAUAUCUUAGUGUUAUGAAUUUUAUAACUCUUUAAUUUUAUUGUUUAGGUUUCUUAUUACUUUAUUAAUAUAGGGGUUUGUUUUAUACAUUUUACCUUUUUUUAUUAUGUUUUUGAGUUUUCAUAAUUUGAAAUAAUCAAAUAUAAAAUAUUCUUCAACAUAUGAUUUUUGAAAAUAUAUAGCUGUAGAAAUAAAUUUUUAACAUAUGUUAAUAACUUCAUUUGUAUAAAAAACAUCUGACAUGAUUAAUAAAUUUGAACCCGUUUUAGUGGUAGAUGAUAAUUUAUUUAAAUGAAAGCAUUAUAUUACUUAAUUAAGAAAUUAAUUAAUGCAAUAUUUAAUAAAUAUUAUU